AUGGAUAAGAAACUUGCAAAUUAUCGUAUAAAUAAUUCUUUAGGAUGUAAAGCAAUGUAUAUAACAACUAAUAAUGAUUAUGGGUAACACAACAUAUUAAAUAGUGAUAAUAUACCCACUUAUAAUGAAAUAGUAGAUAGUUUAUCAGAUUUUAAAAGAACUGAAAAAUAAUUAAAGAACAAGACUGUUGCAACUAAAUUUAGUGAAAAAAGGUCAGAUGAAAAUGAAGACGAAUUAAUGAAAGAAAAAAAAAAAUUCGACAGAAAUAUAACUAUUCCAAAAAAGUUCCCUUUAAAUCCUGAUUAAUAUAAGAAACCUGAAUAAGGAUUGAACAUUGGUAACCCACUUUAUAUGACUGCUAACAAAGAUUAUGGUAUGCUAAAACCUUCUGCCUAUGAAAUUCCAAAUAGGUAUUAUCCUACUGAUACUAGUUACACUAAAGCAUUUCCUUAUAAUUAUAAAUUUGAUGGUUUAAAUACGAAUGUUACUUUUUCUAAAGUACACAAAGCUUUGAAUGAAUAUUGA